UUAGUAUUACCAAAGAAGCUUCCCAAGUUUGCAGAGAUAGAACCAAUGAUAGAAUACACUUUAAGUGAACUUUAUCAAGACGAUCUUCGCAAGUCACAAACAAAGAUGGAUGUUAUUUUACGAAAAAGCACAAAGCCAUCUUCUGUUGACCAUGAUUUACCCAAUAGCCAAGUAUCGGCCACACAUGCUUCUUCUAAAGUGAUGCCUAGUAGUUCAUUACCAGACACAUCGUCUUCAAACAAAAAUAGUCAAACUGUCAGUCCAUUACCCAACACAGAUCCUCAAGCAACCAUGCUGUCUCAACAACCAAAGUCAAAGAUCACACUCGAAGAUUUGAUUGAUAGUUCAUUAGGCUGGAGUGUCACACCCAACAAGACACAAGUAGAAGACGUGUAUGCGAUAUCUGACACUGAAGAACUUGAGCAUGAAGAAGACAUUAAUGCAUUACUCAGCCAUGCAUUUUAUGCUGAUUCAGAACAGAACAAGGCAAAAGAUAAAGGCAAGCAACCUGAAAGAAAUGCAAGAUCAUCAUUAAAACGUAUCGAGACAAUCGAGUUUGAAGAACCAGCCAUGAAAAAGCACAGACCAGACAAUGGACAUCAAUCGAAGCCGCCUCAUGUGAAGCCUACUUUAUUUCAGAGCAUACGAAUGGAGCAGUGUCAGCCAGAGCAAUCUCAGCUUCAACACACUCAGCAGCAGCCUACCGAACAGGAGCGUGUUCAACCAAGCCGUAGACUGAAGGUUGAUUCAGAGAGUGAUGCAUCAGAAUCAGAAUUACUGGACACUCUGAACAACAAACCGACGUUGGCUCGAACUCAACCAAACGUUCAUAAAUCAACAACUCCACAUGCUCCUACAACUGAUGAUUCAGACAGCAAUGCCUCAGAAUCAGAAUUACUGGACACUCUGAACAAUAAAUCGACCUUGUCUCGAAUACAACGCAAGGCACCAAACGUCAACAAACCAACGACAGAUGAUUCUGACAAUAAUGCAUCUGAAUCUGAUUUGCUCAACUCCACAUUAAAUCCAUCCAUCACUCUCCUACUCAACAAUAAACCAACUUUGCUACCAUGCGAUCAAGAACAAGUCUUGGUCAAAACAAUACAUGCCAAAGACAGUACGACUGCACAAAAGCUGAAUGCAUUAUGUCGAUUUCGAGCACUCUACCUUUUACAAUAAAAAUAAAAAUUCUAGAAAAUAACAAACGCGCCUUUUUUUUUUCUUUUGACCAUGAAUGAUCCUUCCCAAUUCGAACUAAACAAUCCACCACAAGAUGGCAUUACCAACGUCUGUUUUCAUCCUACAGAUCCUAAUCUUCUUUUAGUGUCUUCAUGGGAUAAGGUAAUAUAAACCCAUCCAUCUUCAUGAUUAACCAUUCAUAAAGACAUUACGACUCUAUA